UAACAUCUGUGUUUAGCUAUAGUAGAACAGCAAAUAUUUUCUAUAAACCUAUAAAUCAGAAGUGUUAGCAUUUUUCUGGAGAAUUCUUCGGGGAUUGCGUGACUGUGGUCAAAUUUGGAACGCACCCAUCCACCGAGAGUAGAGCGCUAGCGCUAGGUCGACGAGCAUCGUACGACGGCCUGCUCAUUUUGGUUGACCGAUUCAAAGUCCACACUCGUAUUUUGCAAUACCAAGCCGCUAGCCUCCUAGAGAAACUCAUUUUGUGGUAAUUUUGUUUCAGUUCUUGCCCAAGACCUGUUUUUAACCUACGCGUUCACAGUAGGCAAGUCAUGCUGCGAAAUCCUAUCGGCGGGUUUCUUUACCUGGCGAUUUUGUAUUUUAGUUCGUUUUUUGGAGUUAUAUUCAUUCUUGGACCUUCGCUGCCACUAUUGUUGCUGAACCCUAGAUGGUUCAGGUGGUUUAACGAUAAGGCAAUUUCUAUGUGGCUGGUUUUAGCGCCGGCCAUGUUAGAGCUUAUUCAUGGGGUUAAAGUGACUAUCACAGGUGACAAACCCCCAACGGGUGAUACCUCACUUAUCAUCAUGAACCAUCGCUGUCACUUUGAUUGGAUGUUCUAUUGGAGUGUACUUGUUCGCUAUGGAAACCUGCAGUACUUGAGGAUCAUAAUGAAGGAUGUUCUGAGAAGAAUUCCUGGGAUCGGGUGGGGAAUGCAGCAAGCAAUGUACAUCUUCCUUCGGCGUCGGUGGGAGCAAGACGAGGGGUACCUCAACACCAUCUUAGACUACUUCAAGGACCUGAACUACCCGCUCCAGCUAAUGAUCUUCCCGGAAGGCACCAACCUAGAGGACCGCAGUCGCGUGCAUAGCGACAGCUUCGCGCGGAAAAACAACCUUCCAAUCUACGAAUACGUGUUGCAUCCCCGUGUGCGAGGCUUUGUGCACUGCGUGGAAAAGCUUCGCCACGGUCCACGCAGAAUGGAUGCGAUCCAUGACGUCACAAUCGCGUACGAUCGCAACUACUGUUUCACGGAGAAGGACAUCAUUUUAGGCGACUUCCCGCGCGAGAUUCACUUUCACAUUAAACGUUACCCAAUCUCGGAAAUUCCAACCGAUGUUGAAGAACUCGAAGUUUGGUGCCAGAAGCGCUGGCUUGAGAAAGAGGACAGGCUAAAAUUAUUUUACUCAAAAGAAACUAAAUGUUUCUGCCCAGAAGACGAGAAAAUAACACAAGAUGCGAGCGAUAAGCAGGAGGCGACGGUUCGCAAGCAGAUGGUCGGUUCUAUCGUGUUUUUCGUCGGGGUGAUCGUGGUUUCGGUUUUGCUACUUUAUCGCUAUUCGUACGCCCGCUGGUUCUUUAUUGGACUUAUUGCUGUUUAUUUAUUGCAAGCGUUUGUGGGAUUUGGAAUGGACAAAGUUCAGCUGGUGCUGCAUAAUCAGUUGUCAAAACAUGCGACUAAGACGAUGCGCUACUUAAAAUGUGCGGAUCCUUAAUUUCAAUCGUUAUUAAAUUAAUGGCAUUUCUUU